CCUUUGACAAGUUCUACUGAUACAACUUCCUCAGGUAUUGCAAGAGCACAGCGAUGGGUGUACGAGCUGGUGUUGUCGUUUGCAUAACUUCUUUUUUACUCGGUUCACUCUUUACUCAUUGGAUCGCAGACUCCCUGACACUGUGGAAGUCACCAGUAACUGACGAGCAUUUAUGGACCGCAGCUCUGUAUUACUCCAUAUUGACCAGAGGCCCCGUUCAAAUUCUCUAUGUACUCUUCGCCAUCAUUAUACUUGGUGGAACGACCAUUUUUUGGAGUUUCAAUGAUUUGGAAGCGGGCAAUCUAAUGUUUGACGGAGGGAGCAUAUUCCUCUAUGGCGUUACCGUCAUCAUGUAUGCGUACUCCGUCAUUCCCAAUCUCAUGGAUAAAUUCACGGCAAUCCCCCCUCACCAUGUGAAGGAUGCAUUUCCGCGUUCACUGAGAACACCUACUCUUGACCUCGCGUCAAACCACCUCGUUUGCAGCGUAGCGCUGACAGGUGUCCUGAUACUUCAGGCUGGUCGGUGGUGGGCUGAACUAGCCGAUGACGAGGAAGGCUAUCUCACUGAAAAAUUGGAAGGCAAUGACUUCGGAGAAGAGACAAAGUCAUCAACUCCCCUCCCACCGACUUCACUAUAAAGUCGCCUUCUAGCCCCAUAUUUUCAGGCAGGUCUGCUGAAAAAUCCAUGGUAGUUACUAAUACCUCGAGCACUCGUGCGUGCUUGAGUCUACAUCCACGCACUAUCUGAUACAUACCCUUCACGAUCCCCAUGAAUCGCAUUUCUUGGUACUGAGUAGCUGCCAUUCGUUCAGCAUCAAUGCUUAGCGCAGUGCGCGAGUAUUAUUUACAAGUUAUUGGAGCGGCAUUGAUAAUUGUAUAAAACGCGACGGUUCAAAGA